UUGAUAAUAAUUUCAUUUACUCUCAUUGAGUAUUUAAUGUUAAUUUAUUGUUAAUUGUAUUAUUAAUGAUGAUAAUGAUGAUUCAGCUCCAUGUUCAUUAAAUCAGUGUAAUCAAAAUGAUUGAAUUAAUUGUUUCAAUACUCGAUGAGCCACCAUGAGAGUGACAACUCACCUGAAAACUUGUUUCUCUCUGUUAAUUGUUGUCAUUUGUGUUGCCGAUCAAUCAAAUGGCCUUUACCCGACUUAUAAUCUUGAUCUUGAACCCAACGGGUCAAUCGAAGUGUCUUCAAGUGAAUUAACUCAAUUACCAAGUAAUAAUGUUGGUUAUAAGUCAAUGUACAUUGAGUCCGAGAAAUCAAAUGCUAAUGGUUACAUUGAUUUACUUAUGGAAAACAUUCAAUCAAACUUGACCACUUGCCCCUUCGGGAUUUUCAUCAUUGAUCAAAACGAUACAAUUGUCGAAUAUGACGAGCAACAAGAACGAGUUUGGAUUUUUGUUGAUUCUUUUGAUUUUAACUUGACUAUUUGUUCAAACGCAAUUAAGAACAAUUCAAAUUUGAUUGUUAAACGAUUUGAGACCAGUUGUUAUAAGCGAUUCACUAGACAGGAUUUUGAUUCGUUUUCCGUUUGGAUUCCGGCCUGGAAUGGAACUGAACCAUUUCGAUGUGUUUGGUUUAUUGAGAAUCCAGACAAGGCCACUGUAGAUGUGACCUUUUCUUUUCGAUAUCGGAAAAAAGAUCAACCGAUCGGCCAUCAGUUGGAUUUUCUUGUUUCCAUUGAAACAAAUGAUGGUGAAAUUAUUCCAACCAUAGUUAAUCAAACUUCAAUGAGACAAAUUACUUCUGAUAGUCAGUUAAUUGCGAUGGAGUAUAUUGCCUUACAACCUGUUGGUAAACAACUUAAAUUACAAUAUAAAAUGUUACCAAAAGAUUCAUCAACAGCCUUAACAAUUAACAAUCAACCAUUAAGUUAUCCAGUCAACACUCAAUGUUUUUGUGGUAGUGAAAAUAUGGAACAACGGAUUGUCGGUGGUCAAGAGGUCAAUCCAAAGCAUCGCUAUCCAUGGAUGGUGGCCUUUCUCAAGUCCAACGGUGAACCAUUUUGUGGAGGGACAAUAAUCAAUAAUCAAUAUGUUUUAACGGCAGCUCAUUGUUUUGAUAAUACAUCAAAUACGGCCUACAAUAGUCCAAGAGCCGUCAAAAUGGCCAUAGGAGCUCACGAUCUAUCAGUGGAUCGAACCUAUUAUCGAAUUCGUUCCGUUCGAAUCCAUGAAAGUUACAAGCGAACCGGAUCAGCUCUUUAUAAUGACAUUGCUUUGGUUCGUAUCGAAGGUAAUUUAACCUUUGAUCAGUUCACUGUGAGUCCGAUUUGUUUACCAUCACCGGAAAUGGUGCUUUUUAAUAAUCUAACUGUCGCCGGGUGGGGAUUCACCAACGAAGAUGGUGUUGCAAGUAAAGUGCUUCGAGAUGUAACCUUGCCUUAUGUAACUAAUCGCGAGUGUCAAGAGUUUCAUGGUGAAGUGAUCACUUCGAGUAUGAUGUGUGCCGGAGGCAAUCAAGAUGAAGAUUCGUGUCAAGGUGACUCAGGAUCCCCGCUGAUGGCACGAAAAGAUGGUUCUAUCUAUGCUGUCGGCUUGGUAUCUUUUGGCCUUGGAUGUGGUCGACCCUAUUACUAUGGUGUUUACACUCGCAUCUCAAAAUAUCUCAAAUGGAUCUCGGAUAACACGGUGGGCGCUAAAUCGUGUCCAGACAAACCGAUUGUACCAGUGACAACUUUAUCACCAAUCGGUCAGCAAUCAACGGGACUACCUGUUCAUUCAACAAGUCCUGGUACAACAAUUAAAAAUGGAAUAAAUUCUAAACCAAUUUAUCCAAAUUUAGAUGAUUGUGGUAUAAUGAAUAUCGCUUCAUCGAGAGUGAUUGGUGGUAAAGAAACAAAUUCCAAUGAAUAUCCAUGGAUGGCUGCUUUAGGCUACAGGAAGGAUUUUAUCGGUGGUGGAGUUGUAAUUGCUCCGUAUUACAUUUUGACCUCUGCAAAUAAGAUCAAGAAAUUGUAAGUUCAAUCAACUAGUUGUUGUAAUUGUUAACAAUUGGUUA